UUGUCUGGCGGUGAACUCUCACCCCAGCUGCUUGGGAAAUGUCAUACAGGCAGAGGCCCGUGCUGCAGUAGGGGGCGUAAUAGGAGGAAAAAAAAUAACAUUUUUUUUUCUGCUCUCACCGCAUCUUUUAUCCACGUCUCUGCCGUGCAUGUGCCACAUCCCGCUACCAGCAGCAGCCGCCGCAGAUAACUAAUCGCAGUCUCAAUGCUCAUUUCGCAUUAGGGCUGAUAUAAAAAAAAAAAAAAUCCGUGCCAGACAUGGGGGAGAACAUGAUGCUUCUCUUGAAGAUGUCAGUCCAACAAACUAAAUGGCUAGUGACGACGAUGCCCAGUCGAAGAUCCUGGGAUUGAUACGUGAAUCCCUUUACACCGAUGGCCUGGACUGAGUUUCAGCUGGCCUGCUGAAGCUAUGGGGAGCUGUUGGAGCUGUCUGUACAGAGACCCCGUCCGAGACAACCAUCUUACUAAAUUUAAGGUCACCAAUGUGGACGAUGAAGGCAAUGAGCUGGGCUCUGGGAUCAUGGAGCUCACCCAGACCGAGCUCAUUCUUCACACACGCAAGAGAGACGCCAUCCGGUGGCCGUAUCUCUGCCUGCGCCGCUACGGCUACGACUCCAACCUGUUUUCUUUUGAGAGCGGUCGUCGCUGUCAGACUGGGCAGGGAAUUUUUGCAUUCAAGUGUUCCCGGGCAGAAGAGAUCUUCAAUCUGCUUCAGGAGCUGAUGCAAUGUAACAGCAUCAACGUGGUGGAAGAGUCAAUGAUGAUGAGUCGCAGUGGUCACACACCAGAGAUGGAAAUGUCUCGCACACCACAGACUCCCAACACUCCAGCAUUCCCUGUCCAGGCUUUUCCCAAUGGAUACCCUGGUUAUCCAAUCAGAGGUGAUUCCUCCCAACCCUCUCUUGCUGAUGAUCAAGGACAUAGCCUCAUGGGUUUGGAAGACCAGACCCACACCUAUGUAAAUACUGUUAGUAUGGAGGGGGAUCUCUCUAUGCGUCACUGUGUGCACUCCCUGCCUGAGGUGCGGCCCAGCUCUUUCCCUGAAACAACACGGGGAGCCAUGCCUGUCGGGGGCCAAGGAAAUCCGCAGUCCAACCUGCGGUGCUGUCCCUUGGAGGAGCAUAACGAUCCUCAGGUGUUCUUAAAGCCGUCCUCACAGGAGGUCAAAUUCAUGCUGGGCCCCACUCCGGCACAACGCCAUCUGCUGGAGAGAGAGAGGGAGAGAGAGAGGGAGAGGCAUGCGCACAAUCCUCACAGCCUUCAGACAGUAGAGGGUGCAACAGGCUCAGAGACGGAGGGAGACGAGCCCUCCAUGCAUCUGUGCAACUCUCACUCUUAUCAUCAUUUCCAUCACCACACGCACCGGCAUCCGGGCCUCGAGCACCCGGACAGCUGCCAGAGUGGCGAACUCACCUAUGAGAACAUCAACGGGCUGAGGAGCGGCCGAAAGCAGCGGCUGAGCCCCAGCAGUGUGUCGCAAUCUGUGGGUUCAAGCAGCAGCAGCAGCACUGGGGACAGUCACACCCACUCCCUCAUGCACCCACACGCCCUCGGCCCGUCGUCUCUACCCCUGCAGGGCUACGCCUGCGAGAGGGGCAUGGGUGGAGGUCAUCGUCGGACAGCUCUGCUUAACUACGAGAACCUGCCCUCUCUGCCGCCGGUGUGGGAGUACAGAGCUCUGCAGCGGGAUGACGAACAGGAAGAGGAAGACGAUGAGCAGGAUGAGGAGGAAUAUGAGGAAGAAGAAGAAGACUUUGACGAGUACGAGUUCUCAGAAGGCCCUGGGACACCCAACGGGUACCACCAGGAUGGUCGGGGCAUCCACAGAGAUGCCUUGCAGAACUAUGUCAACACAGAGCAGGUCCAGCCGCCCCGGCUCCGACACGCCUGCCCUCCGCAUCCACGGCCGUGUCAGCCAGACAGAGGGGGGCGAAUAUUUAGCUUUGAUUUCCGCAGACGAUCAAGGUCAGGGGUUGGAGGCUGUGAGCACGGCCACAUGCCUCCUUCGCGGCAGCUGAAUUACAUCCAGGUGGACCUAGAGGGAGAACCUCCCUGCCAAGCCAUCAGCAGCGGGGGUGCCCAGACCCAGCCACAGCACCAGCGCCUACCACCCAAAAAAUGUGGCCCACAGGCAUCCCGGCGCAGUGAAUGCUACGCAGUCAUUGACCUAAAGAAGACCGCUGCCAUGUCCAACCUGCAGAAAGCUCUGCCCAGGGAUGAUGGGACUUCCAGAAAGACUCGCCACAACAGCACAGACCUGCCUCUGUAAACGGUGUUCAAACUGAAGAGGAACAAUGAAGACAGAUGAGCACACUGGACCCUUCACUGUCAUCCAUCCAUUCAACUGUCGGGCUGACUAAUACAGUACAGGUACCUAAUCUGUGCAUAUAAAAGGAAAUGAGAAAUAUCUGAGGAGAAUUUGCCAUUUUAUUUUGUGUUAUUUAUUAGAUAUGUGGUGUGAAGCUCUCUCAAGAAAUUGGCAGUUUUUGCUGCAAAUACUGUUUGCUGGAUAUAUGAGUAUUUAUAUAUAAGCAUAAAAUCAUAUAUACAGUAGAUAUAUAUGACUUUAUGCUUAGCUAUGACUUGGAGCAGAGACCUCUGUUUUCAGUGGAAUCAGUCAUUGCCAUACGGUAUUAGCAAAUUUGUAUUCAUAAACCCAUCUUCACUUAGACAUUUCUUAUAGUUUCUAUCAUUUAGUUAAUCUACAUCCAUGUGUUGUUUUUUUUUUUGUUUUUUUUUUACUUAAAUGCUAUGAGAGUCAAAUAUUAGACCCUUUAUACAGAAUAAGUUGAGUAGCUGAAGGGGCAUGAAGGAAGGUUAAUGGUUCCUGCAAGAUACUGGCCAAUAUCAUACGUCAUCAUAAGCAUCUUAGUGUAAUAUUGUGGCUAGUAGAAUAGAUCAUUAUUUGUUACUAUAUGUCUAUAGAGCAUUUUGCACACAAUCCUAUGGAAUUGUAUUUUAUCAUACUUUAGGGAAUGGUUUCGUCCAGUCCAAGAAAAAUGGAAUUAGAUGAACAGAAAAGAUGGUGAUAUUUUCAGAAUUUUACUAAACUGAAUGAUGGUAAAAGUAGCACACAUGGAUUAAAUGAGCUUUGGCUCCCUCCUAUCCACAUGCAGCAAAUAAAAAAGUAGCAUAUCAUUUCAGAUCACACCUCCUGCACAUCGUCCCAGACCUGCAGGAGGUCCAUGCAGUUUACGCGGUUUACGCUUGUCACGUUGCACUUUUGACUUUUUGGGCCACUGAAAUGCUCUUUGUCUCUACUCCCACUCCACUGGAGCCACAGGUUCGACUGUGUCCUUUUUACCAAAAGCAGGGGGCCAAAUAUUUCAUUGAGAUUUUUAGUCAGCAUCGUAGAUAGGAUUUACUUACAUGUUUUGAUGGAGACAUCAACAACCUCAAAUAGUGGCAUUAAGCUAUAACCUCACAUAAAAAGUGCUGAAUCUUUAAUUUGUCAGUUAUCUGGUGUGAAUGGUCUGUUUUGAAAGGGUCGCAAAGUGAAGAUUUUUGUGAGGCUAUUUAUCAACUGUAGUCAGAUAUUUAUUUAUUUAUUUAUUUAUUUAUUCUUUUAUUUUUAAUUGUAAUCAUUUUGUUUUCCAUGUGAUGACCAGCUUUUUGUAAUCCAGUUGGUAAUAUGGAGAUGAACGUUUCACAUCAAAUUAUCACUGGACUCUGGUGUAUUACUGUUAUAACUGUGCUUAAUUAUAUUUAAAAAAAAAAAAAAAAAGAAAAAAUUGAAAGACUGUAUUUAUAUUUUAAGUGCCAAAACUUAUUUGCAAACUGUAUGAUGAAUAAAAUCAAACGUGCCAUUAGGAUUUGUAGAAAACAAUAUGACAUAAAGGCAUUAGGUAAUAAUGGUCGGUAGACAAACUUAAAAAAAAAAAAA